AUCACAGCCUGUAAGUGAAACUUACCAUGUACAUUCCCUUUUCCCCUUAAUCUGUACCAUGUAGCUAUAUAUAUUUAUAUUUUACCGUUAUAUUUUACUUUGCAUUUACAUUUAUAUUUAUAUACCUUAUAUAUAAGGCGCCCCGCUUCGCGGGGCGCCAAAUAGUUAGCGUACUAAUUAAACAUGCAACUAUAUAUAUUUAUAUUUUACCGUUAUAUUUUACUCUGCAUUUAUAUUCAUAUACCUUAUAUAUAAGGCGCCCCGCUUCGCGGGGCGCCUAAGAAUUUGCGUAUUAAUUAAAUAAAAAAUUAAAACCAUUAUAUCUCCUGAACGGCUCCAUAGAUUUUCUUAAAUAACCUGUUGUUGGAAAGGUAUUGACCUCAGCUAUAACAUACUGAAGUUUUAAUGAAAUGCAUAGUACAGUUUUUGAGAUAUUUAGACUUAAAAAUUUUGGAUAUGCAAAAUAUUGACUUUAGCGCCUCUUGUGGUCAUUUCUCAAAAUUGAAAUGUUCUAGAUAUUUGUAGGGCUUCACGAAACCUUUCAUUUGCACUUGAGUUGAUUAAAAUCGGACUUGUAGAACCCGAGAUAUGACAUGCCAACUUUGGAAGGCUAUAUCUCGAGAACGGCGACAUAGAUUUUCUUCAUUUUUGGCAUGGAGAUAGAUAAUAUAGUCAACUAUAACAUACUGAAAUUUCAUCCAAAUCUAUCGUACAGUUUUCGAGAUAUUCAUCGAAAACUAAUCGAAAAUUUUGUUUUUGAUUUUUGGCCCUCUAGCGGUCACUUUUGAAACUUUGGAUGUUCUAGAGAGUUGUAGGGUUUGUUGAGAUCUUUCAUUUGAGCCCGGGAUGAUCAAAAUCGGUCAAGCCGUUCUCGAGUUAUGGCCGAUUUUCGAUGAAAAAUUGUGGUGGCCAUAUUGACUAAACGGCUUGACCGAUUUUCGAAAAUGAGGUAUCGUUGGAAAGGUCUUGAUGGCCCCUACAACAUAUCAAAAUUUCAGAUUUUUAGCUAUUACAGGCGCUGAGAUAUAGUGAAAACAAAAUUUAGGAGUGUUCCAAAAUGGCGGACGGAAGGGUGGGGGGUUGGAUUUGACCUCAUAAUCGGAUGUCUUCCACCCGAUAUAUGAACUUUGCCGUUGACCGCAAGUCUCUAUCUAUUACCGUUCUCUUGUUAUUAAGCCUUAUACGACGGCCGGACGGACGGACGGCCAGCCGGCCGGCCGGCCGGCCGGCCGGCCGGACGGACGGAAAAGUUUUUUGGAGCAUACGUUUUUUGGAAUGUGGGGACCCUAAUUCGUGCUCAUACCAAGUUUGAGCCCGAUCGGACAACAUUGCAUUUUAGGUGGUACACAGAAGCUGUGCUAUUCUUUUCUUCGAAAGAAUCACAGCUAAAAGGAAAAUUGUGGUGUUUUCAAUUUACCCCCCUCAAAAAAAAGGAGAUUUGUUCUAAUUUGUGUUGUGUGCAAAAGAAAUUCCAUUCCCGGGAGGAAUUCAUCGUGAAUUGAAUUGAAUUUUCAUCAAAUGGUGGUUGAAUGUUCUUUUUUUUUAACAAAGAAAAAAAAAGAAGUUUCUGUAUAAGAAAGAAUUUAUUAUAAAUUCUGAUUUUCCUCAUAAGCGCUCUAAUUGGAUAUUCCCGUUAUUGUGUUUCGCGGCAGUGAUUUCUGGAUGAAGCGCUCCCUCCCCAUAUAAGAAGAUUUGAGGCAAUCAAGUGUGAAGAAACAUUGAGUGAGGAGAUCUUCAAAUAUCUCAAAUAAUUCUUAUGGCUCUGUGGCACUUUUUGAAUCAAUAACAAAUAAAGAAGAACAAAAAAAAAUUAAUUUGCUGACGCGGAUUUUCUUUUCUUACCAAUUGAUCGAUUUUUUCCACACACUGACUGACCAAUCGAUCAAUUGAGAUGAUAAUCUCAAUUUAUUAGGUGGGGAAAAAUGAUUGGACGCUGCAUAAUAAUUUUCUCCUCACCUCAAAUUAAUAAGAAGAGGUCGUCGGUAAUUUUCUACUCCCGCAAAUGAGAUUUAGGGAAAGAGCACAGAAAAAUUCCAGAGGCUUAUUUUUGUUCUGAAUCGAGUGCGUCUGGCGUCGUCUUCGAAUCACACAAACCUCCAUUGAUAUUUAAUUAGAUGCCUUCUCACUCUUGGUUGGUUCUCUUUUUUUUGUUGUAAAAAAAGGGGCAUCUCAGUGUGGGAGGAGAGGUACCCUAUUGUACUCAUCCACAAAGCGAGGCUAUGGACUUCUAGAUAGUAAGUAAUUGCAUGAGUUAAAUACUUUUAUUUAAUGCAAAUAUUGCAAUUUAUUUGAUAAUAUAUUAAAUUGAAAAAAAAAGAAAAGAAACUAAAAAACAGAAAAUAUGAACUCUACUCAAGAAUUCUACUCAGUUUUUAAUCUAUGGGAUAAUCCAACAAGAGAUUUGACUUUUUAAAUGAGCAGAUUCAAAGCUUAUAAGUCAGUGAGACAAAAAUUCAAUAGUGACGUCAUUUGUUGCAUUUUGUGGGAAAUCUUUACCGGAUUUUUCUAUGAGAUCUCACAGUGGAAAAAAAUAGUAAGUCAAAAUUGUUUCCUCGAAUGAGAUCCUCACCCAUACAGGCUUGAAUGAGCUCAUUUCCUCAUCUUAUCAAUCAAUACUUACGUUUCGUAGAUUUACGUGUUCUUCCUCAGGUUCAAAAUCUUUGAGAAACUAGUCGAAACUUGAAUUCCAUAUUAUAACAUAAGCUGGACACUUAUGUUUUUUUUCUCAUCUUUGGGUUAUUUCAUUAACCUAAAUCCUUCUCAAAUAAUUUUUUUUGACGCUCUACAAAAUUUUGUUAAUUUGGUGUGAGCCUGAUAAUAAGCAAAACUGAAUAGACUCCUUGUUAAUUUCCCGAAUUCGACGAUAUAAUUUUUAGCUGUGAUUUUAUUGUUUUUAUUGAUUGUCCAACAGAAACAGUUAGAAACUUUUCAAAGAAUUCCUAACAUUUCAGUAGAUUAGUUUAAUUAAUUUGUCCUAAAUAUUAAGACUCUCAAGACAGCAUCAAGAUAAAACAUUUAGCUAGUUAAAAAAUUAACAAUAUAUAUUUUGUAAAUAAAUCUAAUGAAAUCCGCUAAAUCAUUUUUUUAUUAUCGUCACAGUAAAAUGCUUUCUUAAUGAUAACAUUACUUGUGCAAUGUACUACGCAUAAUAAAAAAAUAUUUAAUUCAGAACACGUGGUUUUUUAUAAGAUGAUUUAUGAAUAACAAUUGAUCAGUAACAUUUCGUUAUUCUUCUCUAUGUACGAUUAUAAAUUCCCAGAAUGACGGUACAUGUGAAUUCUCAAUGAGUUGCCCCUUCUUGGGUUGUAUGAUCGCUCUUCCGCGGAAGUACAGCUCGUCUGUGCACGAGAAGAUUCUUCAGUUGGUGUUGAGUCUUCGACCAGAAGAGGUGCUUUUGAGUUCUUACAAUAUAUUUUGUAUUAUAUAUAUAUCCGUGUGUGCCUAAUAUUUUUUUGAGUUGUUGAAAUUAAUCCAAGAAGGGAUUCACGGUGAUUGAGUGAGUUGUUUUGGAUUUUAGUGCUGCCAUGAUGGAAAUCAGGCUGUUCUUGGUCGCUGUGUGCCUUUUGGCGGCACGAAGGGUGCUGGCACAGGAGGAGACGGAGGAGCCCCCACCGGAGGGAUAUUAUGCCUUUGUCGAGGCCCCAUCGGCUAUCCCACCCAGAGUACGCCCCCCACCAUACACCCACGUCAACGUGGACUGCAAGGAGUUCAUCAACAAUAAGCCCUACGUCUCAGUGCACAACAUCUGCGGGGAUCUCAAUAAGGGGCAAAUCCCGAGGAAUCCAAUGCGGCAGAAUAUCUUCGGAGAGCCAUAUCCAUUUGAAUUGAUCCGGAAUCAGACGUUGAAAUUCCUCUCGAAGACACUCCCAGUUCUUAAGGCAGAUGACACACUUCCCAAGGUGACUCAAGUCUUUCCAGAUGAGAUUGUCGAGACCAUCGAUAACAAUGCCAUUGGACGCCGGAUGAGUCGAAUGAAGCGAGAGGAUUCAGCUGCUAGGAGUGCCAAAGCUGAAGAUGUUCGUUCAGGAAGAAAAUUCUGUGAUGGUGGUGGAAUCUUUUGCACACUCUAUCGCGCCAUUCAGGGUGAUCCGGUUGUGUCUCAGGUGGCGGAAAGACGUGAAGAGACGGGAGGUUCAGCACCACCACGCUACGAUGGACCCCCCACUCCGUGUCCGGCAAAAGUGGAGUACGCUACGCCGGUAUUUGCAAAGAACUAUCAGGGCUCCUGGCGGUACGUUGUGCAAAUUCCCUAUGAGGGCUACUUUACGCAAACUGUGGAAGUGACACGAUGCCUCCAGGCACGUUGUCACUACCUCGACGGGGGUUGUUUGUCAUCCCCACGCUGGGUGAGCCUCCUCGUUGCGGAGAUCUUCUACCCCAACAAUGAUGAUUACACCACAACGACAACCUCAACAACAGCACCACCUGUUCAGGAUUUCAAUGCCUACCAGCAGUAUUUGCAGAAACGUGCUGGAUUGUCAACUGCAACAGACGGAUCGAACUUUGAGGCAUCUGAUGCUUCAGGAAGUUCAUCUGGGAAAUUACCUCAUUGCGAUGGACACGAUGAAAUUGGUUGCUUCCAGGUUCGCCUCUACUACGAUUGGUUCCUCAUUCCGGGUUCUUGCAAAUGCUGGCGACCUGAUUACUUUGCCAAGUACGUGCGAAGGAAACCCACUACAACGGAUCUCUAGAGGCCUCCACGCGCAUCGCCCCUUCGUAACUUCCCCCCUAACUAAUCGCUAAUCCAUUUGAAAGUAACAGACUGAUUUCCCAGGGAAGCUCACCGGGACAAAAAAAAUGGGGAGCCUCCCACAUUGGUGGUGGGCUUUAGAGUAAUUUCCGGGAACUAAUCUUAAUCUAUGUACUGUAAAUAUUACAUCAAAGAAUCGUGUAAUUUAUAAUGAGUGUGCCUUCUCAAAAUAAAAUCUUCCAAGCGAAAGUUGAACAACUUGAGCUAUACUAAA